AUGACAUUUGGCAGUGUAGUAGAAGCAAGGGGAUACUACAAUGCAUAUGCUAAGAGAAUUGGUUUCUCAAUAAGGACAAAUACCUCGCGCAGAUCAGGAAUUACAAAAGUGCUGAAAAAAAUCCAGUUUGUCUGCAACAAAGAAGGGAAAGGGAAGAAAAGCAAAACUGAUGAAAAUACUGAGGAGCCUACAGAUGAUUCAGAUGAAGAUGAUUCUGAACAAGAUGAUGUUGAUCUACCGCAUGAGCGAGCCAUUAAACGGGGUGGGGGGGGACAUGGUGGCAAGAAAAGGAAAAGGGAGAAAAUGAAGUAUACGCAAUGCAAAGCAAGGAUGACUGUGAAGCUAAUUGGUGCUAGGUGGCAUGUAAUUUAUUUCAUAGCUGAGCACAAUCAUCCACUCAUUACGAAGCCCUCACUAACAAAAUGGCUUAGAUCACACAAAAGCAUAUCUAAGGAAGAAAAGGCUUUCAUCACUAUGUUGCAUGGCUGUAACAUGACCACAGGGCGCAUUAUGCAGCUAAUGGCUGAGUUCUAUGGCUCCAUUGAACUAGUACCGUACGUAGGCAAAGAUGUCAGUAACUUCCGGUCCACACUUCGUACCACUGAAAAGUACAAAGACAUGCAAGAAACACUAGACUACUUUGAAGAGUUGAAAGUGCAAGAUGACCCUGAUUUCUUCUACAAGUUCAAGUUGGACAAUGAUUAUAAGAUUCAGAACCUAUUCUGGGUGGAUGGUUCAGCAAGGAAGGCAUAUGAGGCAUAUGGUGACUGUGUUUCAUUCGGUAUGACAUACAUGACUAAUAUGUAUGACAUGCCCUUUGCCCCCUUCAUUGGAAUAAAUAGACAUGCUCAAUCGUUCCAGCUAGGAUGCGCAUUCCUAAGGAAUGAGAAGACAGAUAGCUUUGUUUGGCUUUUCAAAGCAUUCCUUGAAGCGAUGAAAGGCAAGGCUCCCCUUAAUAUAAUAACAGAUCAGGAUGGGGCUAUGAGGCGGGCAAUUGAGCUUGUCUUCCCUAAUACAAAUCAUCGAAACUGCCGGUGGCACAUAAUGGAUAAAGCUUCUGGAACAAUUGGUCCAUACCUUUCAUCUAAUCAAGAAUUGAAGGAUGAGUUUACAGACUGUAUUAACUACAGUGUAACACCUGAAGAAUUUGAGGUGAAAUGGGAUGCUAUGAUUAAUAAGCAUGGCCUGGGGGACAUACAGCAUUUUCAGCAUUUGUAUAGCAUCAGAAAGAGUUUUGUUCAAGCGUACUAUAUGCAUUGUUUCUAUCCUUUCCUCCAAUCAACUCAGAGAAGUGAAGGGUUUAAUGCAGUGCUGAAGAGAUAUGUGAAUCCAAACUUAUCAAUACUGUUAUUUGUGAAACAGUAUGAGAAAAUUCAGCAAAAGUGCCUUGUUGCUCAAGAUGGUCAGGACUUUAGGACUGAUGAUAAUGAACGACACACAUGGUCAAAGUACCCUAUUGAGAAAUAUGCAUCAACUGUGUACACAAAAGGUAUUUUCUAUAAAUUCUCAAAGGAAUUUGAAAAGACUGCAGAAUAUGAUGUGCAGGAGCAUGAAAUGCCCUACCAAUACAAGCUAGUACCGAAUGACAAAUUUGUUGAAGACUAUGGGACUAAAAUAUUGUGA